AUGAAUUUGGACCGGCGGUCUGGCUUUGUGAAGGGCUACGCCUUUGUGGAGUAUGAGACUUACGACGAGGCGCAGGCAGCAAUAGAGGGAAUGGACGGCCAGGAGCUGCUCGGACAGAAAGUUGCUGUCAGCUGGGCAUUUGUGCGGCAGCCGGAAAAGCGCAAGUGA